AUGAAAGCCUCACCACUAUUUGUCCUAGGACUUGCUACAGUUUCUGCUGCCGCGCAAGCUCCAAUUGGACAAAAGAAUGAUGGAAGGCCAAACAUAGUGCUUGUUUUGACAGAUGAUCAGGACCUACACAUGCAGUCAAUUGAUUAUAUGCCUUUACUAAAAAAGCAUGUAAUUGAUCAAGGAACUUCUUUCAAGCGUCAUUACUGUACUACUGCAAUAUGUUGCCCUUCAAGAGUCACGUUAUGGACAGGCAAGAAUGCUCAUAACACAAAUGUGACGAAUGUAGCACCUCCUUAUGGUGGAUAUCAGAAAUUCGUUGAGCAGGGCUUCAAUGAUGCAUAUCUCCCAGUCUGGCUUCAAGAUGCUGGAUACAGCACUUUUUACACGGGUAAACUUUUCAAUCAUCACACUGUGAGCAAUUGGAAUAAACCGCAUCCAGCUGGAUGGACUUCGUCCGAUUUUCUUUUGGACCCGUUUACAUAUCAAUAUUAUAAUUCUACAUUUCAAAGGAAUGAACAUCCGCCUGUGAGCCACGAGGGUGAAUACUCAACAGAUGUCCUUGCGCAGAAGGCAUACGGAUUACUUGAUGAAGGAGUACAAUCCGGAAAGCCAUUUUUCUUGGUCGCAGCGCCAAUCGCCCCUCACGCGAAUGUUGACCCGGCCGCUUUUAAGCCUGGAGAGGGGAUCCUGAUGACGACCCCUAUUCCUGCUGAAAGACACAAGCACUUGUUUCCUAGUGCAAAGGUUCCAAGGAAUGCUAAUUUCAACCCAGACAAGCCUAGCGGAGCGUCAUGGGUAAAACGUCUAGAUCAACUUACUGACGAGGUUAUCGCAUAUAACGAUGAAUUUUACCGAGCUCGUCUUCAAACCCUCCAAGCUGUAGAUGAACUCAUUGAAGGUCUCGUUGAUCGAUUGACUGAUUAUGGCAUUCUUGACAAUACCUAUUUUAUCUUCUCUACCGACAAUGGCUACCAUAUCUCUCAGCACCGUCUAGCCCCAGGAAAAGAAUGCGGGUUUGAGGAAGACAUCAACAUUCCUCUGGUCAUCCGUGGCCCUGGAGUUCCACAAGGAGAGGAAACAAGUGUUGUAACUGCGCACACAGAUCUUGCUCCCACAAUCCUCAAGAUUGCAAAUGGCGAUUGGAAAAGAAAAGAUUUGGACGGGAGCGUCAUUCCUCUCAAUUCACAAGGACUUAAAGAUGCCGAGAAUACCAGACAGGAACACGUGAAUGUCGAAUUCUGGGGAAAAGCACUUCCUGAAGGUAUUCAUCGAUUUUCUCUCGACGACGGGAAGGUCGUCUACUAUGGCCUCAACAACACCUACAAAGCUCUGCGUAUAAUUAGCGAUAGCCAUAAUCUCUACUACUCAGUUUGGUGUACCAACGAACACGAACUCUACGAUUUAACCACCGAUCCGCAUCAAACAAAUAACAUCUAUCCUUCCUCGUCUAUUGCAAGCGCUUCCACACAUGGCAAACUUAACCUUCCCAAGCUCAUUCCCCGCCUCGAUGCUCUUCUCAUGGUAACAAAGUCCUGCAAGGGUAACACGUGCGUACAGCCUUGGUCAGUGUUACAUCCAGCCGGAAACGUGAGAACACUUGACGACGCUCUAUCUCCUCGGUUUGAUACAUUCUAUGCAGAAGACAUGGCAGAAAGAGUAGUCAGGUAUGAUAAAUGUGAAUUGGGAUAUAUUGUAGAUAGUGAGGGACCACAGGAAGUAUUUGCUUUCCAAGAGGAUGGGGAUAAGUGGGAAUUGUGA